GCCGGACCUGCUCUCCCCCUGCACCUGAUAACGGUCAUCGUGCUCACGCGACAGUUCCAAGGUACCAAGACACGCUAGACUUAUAUAUCCGGUCGCCCCGAUUCUCGGUCGCCACGCGAUGAACGCCUCAGAGGCCCCGCUGCCCACACUCUCUUCCAGUUCCAAACCACGACCGGAUAGCACUGGCAGCGACACCACGACGAUGUACAAGAGCAGCCUCGACAAGUCGGAAGCAGGGCCGGUGGGGUCGAUCGAGAGAGUUGCCUCCGCAAAAGAUGCCGAGGAUGUGCGCGCUCCGAGCCCGGACGGCGAGCUCCCUCCCAUCGCGACAUAUCGCCUGUACAAGCGGCGGUGGGUAGGCCUUGGGGCCAUCGUGCUGCUCAACAUUGUGUCGGGGAUGGUGUUGGUAUGGUUCGGCCCAAUUGCAAAUGACAUGGUCAGAGACUUCGGGUUCAGCCUGAACGAUGUCAACUGGCUCGGGAAUGUGGUCAACCUUGUCUUCCUUCCCUCCUCGAUACUUGUGCCUUAUCUGUACGGACGGCUGGGCACACGCGGAACAUGUUUUAUCGGAGCCGUCCUGUUCAUUCUUUCCGGGUGGAUACGCUACCUGGGAACGAUGAAAUCACUAUCGGUCAGCAGCUCAUACGCAUUCGUGGUUGUUGGCCAGAUAUUGGGAGGCAUGUCUGUGCCUAUUUUCCAAAUCAUCGUGCCGAGCUACUCGGAGAAGUGGUUCGACCUGAAGGGCCGCACCACCGCCACGAUGAUCAUGGGAAUCUCCAACCCCGUCGGAAGCGCUCUAGGCCAGCUGAUUCCGCCGCUCAUCGGUUCGCCCCGUCAAUCGUUAUUGGUCAUGGCUAUAAUCUUCAGUGCUGCGGCGCCGGCUGUCUUCCUCGUAGGCAACGCUCCCCCGACGCCUCCCACGUACUCCGGCUCGCAAAAGCAUCCCUCGAUGUCGUCCAUGGCGCGCGCGUUGUCAGGUCGCGCAACGCCGGACGAAUAUACAUACAUGUCCAUGCGGCAGCGUAUCGACUUCGCCAUCAUCGCGCUCGUCUUCGGUGUUUUGGUGGGAGUGAUUAACGCCUUCACGGUCUUGACGGCACAGCAUCUGGAACCCUACGGUUACUCCGACACGGUCUCCGGACUCAUGGGAGCAGUACUGCUUCUCGUCGGUCUGGUGGCCGCGGCCAUCACCUCUCCGCUAUAUGAUCGGGUCCUUACGCACCACCUCGCCCUUUCGUGCAAAGUUCUAUGCCCCGUACUGGCCGCAUGCUGGUUAGCGCUGAUCUGGGAGAUCCGGCCAAACAACGCUGCCGCACUCUUCGUGCUGAUGGCAGUGAUCGGAGCGACCGGACUGACGCUCCUGCCCGCGGUACUGGAGCUCGCAGUCGAGCUGACGCGCAACGCUGAUGGGAGCUCUGCAAUCCUGUGGGCCUCCACAAACCUGUUCGGGCUUAUUUUCGUUCUCUCGGAGGACGCGUUGCGCGCAGGACCCAGUGCCAGCCCACCGCUCAAUAUGCACCACGCGGUCAUCUUCCAGGCGGUGCUCGUAUCUGCUGUCAUCACGUUCAUCUACCUCGUUGAGGGGAAGCAGACACGACGAGCGCGGGACGAGGAGAUGGGUGCUGCACUCAACCGGGGCUCGCCCGACUCCGCUAUUCGCGCAGAAGCUGGGACGGCCGUCGAGGUGAGGGAGGUCCGCGACUCGGCGAGGCCUUCGGAAGAGUUGCCGCCUGUGACUGAAAACGACUAGGAUGAGCCUCGGACAGUUCGUUAAGGGGGCGGGCCUUUCGCGCGCCCUCUCUGCAUACGGACGUUGGGAGUACUCACGACAGACAUGCCUUCGCACACGCCCCCCUCCCUUCUGCGCGCACUCUCUUCGCACGGGAGACUUACGCCCCUGAUAGACCGAUUGGCGCGUUCGAGGGGCGGCUCGCACUUUCGCCAAGCCGCCCAAACCCGCGCCCUUCUUGCACGUUAUUUCAUUACGACUAUUUAUCCCGGUAUGUACUUUUGACGACACUGUAUACGUAAUGUUGCACGACUAGUAUUGUACGCCUCC